AGAGACUUAACCUGCCUGACGCGUGCGGGGCCGCGGGCUGGAGGCCGGCAGCGGAAGAGCCCGCGAUUCUCUAGUUCGCGUUGGCGCUUUUAGGAUUGGAGCGGAGCGGAAGGCUCCCAGAGCGGCUGGGUUGGCCUCUGGUGAAAGCGGGGAGGGGUCUGCCUUCCCUGGGGGUCUACCCAGAGGAGCAUAGGCUGAAAAGAUAAAUUGCCUGUGUACAGUGCUUUACAUUGUGCUUUUCCUUUCCUUACCCCUUGCAAUACUCAGAGCAAGAAUGAUUAUCCUCUUUUGCGCCCAGGGUAAGGAGAAGAGGUGUGACUUAAUUUAACUCAUUCAACAGCUGGAGGAGAGAAAGGCUUCUGCAAGAGAUAGGACUUACAAAGCUGAGAUGCCCAUCCAGCCUCAAAGCAAAGACACGGAAGAGAUGGAAGCAGAAGGCGAUUCAGCCACAGAAAUGAACGGGGGGGAGGAGGAGGAAAGUGAGGAAGAACGGAGCGGCAGCCAGACUGAGUCAGAGGAGGAGAGCUCAGAGAUGGACGAUGAGGACUAUGAGCGGCGCCGCAGCGAGUGUGUCAGUGAGAUGCAGGAUCUGGAGAAGCAGUUCUCGGAGCUGAAGGAGAAGUUGUUCAGGGAACGACUCAGUCAGCUACGGUUGCGGCUGGAGGAAGUGGGAGCUGAGAGAGCCCCUGAGUACACAGAACCUCUUGGAGGACUUCAGCGGAGCCUCAAGAUUCGCAUUCAAGUGGCAGGGAUCUACAAGGGCUUCUGUCUGGAUGUGAUCAGGAAUAAGUAUGAGUGUGAGCUGCAGGGAGCCAGGCAGCACCUGGAGAGUGAGAAGCUGCUGCUCUAUGACACGCUGCAGGGGGAGCUGCAGGAGCGGAUCCAGAGGCUGGAGGAGGACCGCCAAAGCCUUGACCUCAGCUCCGAGUGGUGGGAUGACAAACUACACGCCAGAGGCAGCUCGAAGUCCUGGGACUCUCUGCCACCCAGCAAGAGGAAGAAGGCACCUCUUGUUUCUGGCCCUUACAUCGUGUACAUGCUGCAGGAGAUCGACAUCCUGGAAGACUGGACAGCUAUCAAAAAGGACUGUGACCUUCCUGUUCACAGCCAGGGGGUCCCUCAGAGCAGCCUGCACCAAACCCGGAUUCACAUUUUCCUGCUGCAGAGUCAGGUGGCCAUGCCCGGCUCUGCCCAGUGGGCCCUCCAGCUGUCACUAGGAUGGAUGUCACUGGGAUGGACAACUCCUCCGUGUUCCUUGUGGGCUGCACAGCUAUAGCCCUGGAGCCAACCUGGCCCAGCAAGACUGUUGUCUGUGUCCCUGAGCAGCACCACCCCUCCUGAACAUCCCCAAGCUGCAUCCCCCUGCUUACCUGGGCCCUGGCUCCUAGCCACUGGGAUCCAGGCCCCACUGUGUGGGAAUUCAGAGCCAGGAGUAGGAAUAUUGGGGGGGGCGGGGAGUGGGCCCUGAACAUCUGCUGGAGCUGGGGGUGAGAGGUCAGGCUCCCCAGGCUUCCUCAGGGUGGUUUUUGGUACCUGCCUCCCAGACUCUG